CUAUAUAAGAGCUCAGUGUUUCCCCUAAACCAAAAUUCAAUUCAGUAAAAAGAAGAAAACUUUUUAGGGUUUUGGCUUGCGAUACUCUCUGCUCUUGAUCUACUAACAGGUUCGUCGAAUUUCUUGAUUUCUGUGGUUUAAAUGAAUCUUUGAGAAUUCCAUAGUUUCAUUUGAUCGUCUGUAUUCUUUGAUUAUUUAUUUUGGAUUGGAUUGGAUUGAGUUUUCUUUUUCUAGGUAUUACGAAAAUUUGAUUUGCUAGGGUUUUUGGGUGUGCGCCUGUAUUAAUUCGUGCAAUAAUUUUGAUUAUGGAAGCUUUGAAGCGUAAUGGUAAGAGAAAAGAAUUAAAGAAAGAAAGAGAGAGGAGAAGGAAUGAUGGUGAUUUUAAGGAGAGAGAGGAUGAAUCAAGCUCUGGUAGGUGCAGAGAGAGUUCUAGAUCUAGAAAGAGGAGAAGUACUGGUGAGGAUGAAGAGCGAAAAUUAGGGGAAGAGGUUGAGAAGCGGAGGAAGAGAGUUCAGCAGUGGCAAGAAUUCAGGAGAAAGAAUGAAGAAGUUGGAAGAGAGAAAAUUUGGGAGGUGAAUGAUAGGAAGAUUUGGAGCCUUGAAGAUGAACAAUCUGAUGGAGAAAUCGAUCAAGUUAGUGAUGAUGAAGUUAGGGAUGGAAUGAAAAUUGGUUUGCAGAAUGGGGUUGAUGGGGUUUCUGUUGAUGAGGAGAUUGAUCCAUUAGAUGCUUAUAUAAAUACUAUGGUUUUGCCUGAAGUUGAAAAACUAAAUGAUGAGAAAAGUAUAGAGUUGAAGAAUAAAUCUUUGGGUAGAAUAAUUCCUGGGGAGGAGUCUGAUUCGGAUUAUGGGGAUCUUGAGGAUGAUGGAGAAUUGAUAGAUGAUGAAGAAGAUGAUGAUGAGUUCAUGAAAAGAGUUAAGAAGACAAAAGCUGAAAAACUCUCUAUUGUUGAUCAUUCGAAAAUUGAUUAUAAGCCAUUUAGGAAGAAUUUCUAUAUUGAAGUGAAAGAAAUAUCAAGAAUGACUUCGAAAGAGGUUUCUGCAUACCGUGAAGAAUUGGAAUUGACUACACAUGGUGAGGAUGUACCGAAGCCAGUUAAGACUUGGUACCAAAUGGGACUUACAAGUAAAAUAUUGGAGACAAUAAAGAAACUUAAAUAUGAAAAGCCAAUGCCAAUUCAAGUUCAGGCACUGCCUACAAUUAUGAGUGGUCGAGAUUGCAUUGGCAUUGCAAAAACUGGCUCGGGCAAAACUCUGGCAUUUGUGCUACCAAUGUUGAGGCAUAUUAAGGACCAGCCGCCUGUCGUUUCAGGAGAGGGGCCUAUCGGGCUUAUAAUGGCACCUACAAGGGAGCUUGUUAAACAGAUUCAUGGUGAUAUAAAAAUGUUCUCCAAGGUAUUAGGUAUUAGGUGUGUGCCUGUAUAUGGAGGCUCUGAUGUUGGCCAACAAAUUAGUGAAUUAAAAAAGGGUGCUGAAAUUGUUGUUUGUACACCAGGCAGAAUGAUUGACAUGCUUUGCACAAGCAGUGGAAAAAUUACAAAUCUCCGUAGAGUUACAUAUUUGGUCAUGGAUGAAGCUGACAGGAUGUUUGACAUGGGUUUUGAACCUCAAAUCAGUUUGAUUAUUCGGAAUAUUCGUCCAGAUAGACAAAAUGUACUUUUCUCAGCUACUUUCCCUCGUCAAGUUGAAAAGUUAGCUCGCAGUUUGUUACACAAACCUGUGGAAAUACAGGUAGGUGGAAGGAGUGCUGUUAAUAAGGACAUCACGCAGCUGGUUGAAGUGAGGCCUGAAAAUGAGAGGUUUCUUAGAUUAUUAGAAAUACUUGGAGAAUGGUAUGAGAAAGGGAAAAUUCUAGUUUUUGUCCAUUCCCAAGAAAAGUGUGAUGCUUUGUUCAGGGAUUUACUCAAACAUAGUUAUCCUUGCCUAUCUCUUCAUGGUGCUAAGGACCAAACGGAUCGUGAGUCGACCAUUUCCGAUUUCAAAAGUAAUGUUUGCAAUUUGUUGAUUGCAACUAGUGUUGCUGCUAGAGGAUUAGAUGUCAAGGAGCUUGAACUGGUGAUUAACUUUGAUGUGCCAAUUUACUAUGAGGACUACGUUCACCGUGUUGGUCGAACAGGUCGAGCUGGCCGUAAAGGUUGUGCUAUAACAUUUAUAUCUGAGGAAGAUUCUAGAUAUGCUCCUCAUAUAGUAAAAGCACUUGAGCUUUCGGAUCAAGUUGUUCCAGAUGACUUAAAAGCACUAGCUGAUAGUUUCUUGCAAAAAGUGAAUCAAGGAUUGGAACAACCACAAAGUGGCUAUGUGAGAAAUGAUGGUUACAAGUUUAGUAAAGAAGAAGAUGAGUUGAUGAUAGCAGCAAAAAAAGCACAGGCGAAAGCGUGUGGUUUCGAAGUUAUGUCCGACUCAGAAGAUGAAGGUGUCUGCAAGGAAGAACUUGACAUAGAUGGCUCCGCUUCUUCCUCCAAAGGCAGAACAGAAGCAUUGGUGCCCGAAACUAAACUGCCUGUAUCGGUAAACUUGCAGCAUAUCCUAGAGAAAAUUCAAGCUGAUGCAGGGCCUAAACACUACAGAGCAGAGCUGGAGAUAAACGAUUUCCCUCAAAACGCUCGCUGGAAAGUCACGCAUAAGUUAACUUUGGGAACUAUAACCGAGUGGACCGGAGCUGCCAUUACUACUAGGGGGAAGCACUUCCCGCCGGGUCAAGUUGCAGGACCAGGAGACCGCAAACUUUACUUGUUUAUUGAAGGACCUACCGAACAAUCUGUGAAGAGAGCUAAAGCCGAAAUCAAACGUGUUUUGGAAGACAUAACAAGCCAGGCUCUCAUGUAGCUCUCUAAUUGCUCCAGGUUUUGAAACUUUAAGAUCAAAUUGUUGGGUAGUAGUGGUAAUGAGUUGGGUAGUGAUUGAUUUUGACUUGUGGUCAAAACUUGUUUAAUGAUAUGUGUUUAUCCCUUUUAUUGGCUAAUGAUUUUCUUGUUUUUGUCUCUUCAGGAAUCCUAUUGUGCUGGGUGACUAGUAUAUUUUGGCUUUUUGUGAUAGUUGUUCUUUAAUGAUGUUUUUAACUAAUUGUUCUACUUUGGUUGUUGAUAGAAUUUGUUUACUGAUUUUGUUUCUUUUUUCUUGAAAUUUGCAGGAGCAACAAACACUCAUGAAGAGAGAAACUUUUUCUUAGAAGAAGGGUGAAUUGGUUGAUUAAUUUUUGUGGGAUUCUUUUGUAAGCAUUAUCUGUUAAUCUUUUUAUUAUAAGUUUAGUAUUUUUGUAAUUAAAGUACAUGUAUACCUUAAGAACAUUUGAAAAGUUUGUCUCUCUUAAGAAUUGAGAAAGAGAAAAAAAAAACAGCUCAAUUUGGCACUUUUCAAAGUUUGUUCAAAUGCUUGAAUAUUAGUCAAUGGAUGGGUAUUUUGUUAUA